GUGGAAGAGAAAGGGCUGGCUGUUGCGACGGCUGAGAAAGUUGGCACAUUUGUGAAGAAACGAGGGCCACCGCUUGAAAUACUUUCCGAACUGAAGGGCAAUGGUAGCUCAUUUUUGGGUAACAGGGGUUCUGUCCUUGCAUUAAAUGAGCUUGAAAUUCUCUUUAAUGCUCUUGAAAAAUCAAAAUGUUUAGAAAAAAUAGUUUUUGAUCUGAGCCUUGCAAGAGGGCUUGAUUAUUACACUGGGGCAAUAUUUGAAGCGGUUUUUAAAGGUUCUACACAGGUUGGCUCCAUAGCUGCUGGGGGGCGAUAUGAUAAUCUUGUGGGAAUGUUCAGUGGAAAACAGGUCCCUGCAGUGGGCGUUAGCCUUGGAAUUGAAAGAGUCUUCACAAUAAUGGAGCAACUUGAAAAGGAGAAGAACUAG